CUUGUUACAGUAACAUGUUGAAAAAGUUCGAAAUCGACACAAAACUAUCGGAAUCUGUUGGGAGCGAAGAUGACAUCGAAAAUAUUGCUUUAUCCACGAAUGACUCACAUAGCCGUUCAAGCAGCGAUCAAAAGUGUAUGUUUAACGAUAUCGAAAGCUCAAUGAUAAAUGCUGUGAUUGAAGAAACUAUCUUCAAGUUGAUUAUUGUGAAUAUGGAGGACGCCCAAGCGAGCACACCGAUUGCCAAGAAACCGCCGAUGUACGUGCGCUUCGAUCCGUCCUACAAGAACAAGAUACUUAGCGAAACGCAGACCGUAAACAUCGCCAUGGGAAUGAUGAUUUUGGUUAAGUUGAAAAAUGAUAUCUCAAACCUAAGGAAACUGCUUUCGGAUACUCAUACAGAAAUGGCUGAGUAUGGAACGUUUGAAACUCUUCAAACUUUUAUGGACAACGAUAUCCAGAGCGAGAAGGAAGAGCACCAAUUGAUUCGAGAUAGUAUUCUGAACGAGAAGAAGUUAAAAGUACUACAAGCCCAACUGAAUGGCGAGACAAGAGAGCGAAAGUCGAUGCUGAAGAAGUUAGACGACGAAAUAUUCGAUUUGGAAACGAAAGCACAGAGUACGCGACUUGAGAAUGAUGUAAAGUGUAGACUUGUGCAGAAAUGGGAGAGCACUCGACAUGAACAAGCAAGAAUUGUGAUUAUGAGUAAGGAAAAAGAUCUUAUAGACAGUUCCAAAGAAACGGUCGAUAAUAUAGAUCGAGAGUUAAGGUUAAAAAGUGAAAUCGAUGUGUACAUCAAUUAUUGCAUCGAUCUCGUCAACCAGAAGAUCUCGUUCUGGAUGAAUAAAUAUCAGAGGGAGAUAAAAGCAUUUGACGCUGACAUCACUCAUCACAAGGAGCUUAUAGGCGAGCUGAAGGUCAAGUACGAGGAGAUGGUGAUCCUGUACAAACAUCGGGAAAAAGAGAUCAAAAUUUGCGCAGAAUCAAAGAAAGAAAGAGAAAAGCAAAUGGCUUUCGCAGAUAAGCAAAUGCGAUCUGCGGUGAAAAUUCAAGCCUGGUGGCGUGGCACCAUGGUACGCAAAGGACUGGGUCCGUUUAAGAAAAAGAAGAAAUCAAAACCAGCAAAGUCAUCCAAAAAGGAGGGCAAGAAAGGGAAGUAGUGCAGUUAAAAUCAUCGAUCAUAGGUUCGAUAAUGGGUGUGCUCAAGAGACAAGAGUUUUGUAGAAUUGCAACACACAAAUAAAGAUAUACGCAGAACUA